AUGGCUCCGCGCGGAAUGGCAUGGGGGGACGCUCCGGAUCCGUGCUGCAGCGGCCAGGCGGACGGUUUCCGUCGCCACCCCACUGACUGCAGGCGAUUCUGCCUGUGCAGCAGCGGCGAUUCUCGCGGGCGCGUCUUCUACUGUCCCGAGGGCUAUGUCUUCGACGACCGCACCUCCACGUGCGCAAGUACCCACGAUGUCGCAUGCCCCGGCGCUUCCGUUCCGGCGUCCGGCGCUACUGGCGGCGGUGCAUCCGGCGGUGCAUCCGGUGGUCCAUCCGGCGGUGCAUCCGGCGGUGCUUCCGGCGGUGCAUCCGGCGACGCUUCGGGCGGUGCGUCCGGCGGUGUUGGCGAGGAGGCGUCGCUUUGCGCGGGGUUGGAGGACGGCCCUCACCAGCACCCCAACGACUGCAGCCGAUCCAUCUUUUGUCUGAACGGGCGCGUGAAGAGCACCGUGAGUUGCGGCGCGCGCAUGCGAUUCAGCGACGACUCCAAGACGUGCGAGUACUCGUUCCUCGUCGACUGCCCCGCCGCCGAUGACGCCGCCGUUGCCACGUCGGAUUCCACGUCAGCGGCCGCGUGGGGAGCGACCACCGCCGGUUCCUCCGUGCCCGCUGCAUCCGUCGCCACGUCAUUCGAAGACUCUGGUCGCGGCGGUGCCUAUUCUUCCUCCUCCUCUUCCUCCUCCUCGUCCUCAUCACAAUUAUCGUCGUCGAAUCUGUUCACUGCUGCAGCGGCCAUGGGGGCUGCAAGCGGUGGUCCUUCGGUCUUUGCCCCGGGGCGAAGCAAGGUUCCUGGCAACGCGAACGGGAUUAGUAAUGGCAAUGGCAACGGCGAAAGCAAUGGGGUUGGCAACGGGAAUGGAGUAAGCAACGGCAAUGGGAAUGGGAAUGGCAACGGGAAUGGGGUGGGAAAUGGCAACAUCGGGGGCAACAGUGGCAGCACAGGCAGUGUAGGCAGUUCGGGCAGUUCGGGCAGUACGUUCUUUUGGGUCAAUCCGGGCAGCUCGGUCAGCAAGGGCAACGUGGGUACUGGUGCCAGCACGGGCAGUACGAGCAGCAGCAGUGGGGGUAGCGUGAGUGCGCCUGUGACCUGCUGCACCAGGAAACCCAAUGGGUACUGGCAAGACCCUACCAACUGCAGCACCUUCUGCAUCUGUAUGCGCGGCCAGGUGGUGGCGAAACUGCAGUGCCAGCCCCCCCUUCUCUUUAACGACAACGCCAAGGUCUGCGACACCCCUGAAAACGUCCCCUGUGCUGCCACCAGUGGGGGUGGCGAUGGGAGUGGCGGCGGGAGUGGUGGUGGCCCUACCCCCUCUCCUCUUACUUCUCCUCCCCCUCCUUCCACGCCCUCUCCCUCUCCUCCUCCCCCUUCCUCUCCCCCUGUCUCGCCCUCUCCCCCGUCCACCUCUCCCUCUCCCCCUUCCUCUCCGUCCCCCCCUCCGCCCUCCCCUCCCACUCCCUCUCCCUCUCCCCCUCUCUCUGCUCCCCCUUCUCCUCCUUCCUCUCCUCCCCCCUCGCCUCCCCCUCCCGGAUCAUGCUGCGACGGGCGCCCGGACGGAUACUUCCAGGACGCUUCCGACUGCAGCCGCUACUGCAUCUGCGCGGGGGGGAAGCAGGCCGCGCUGCAGCGGUGCCCUGCAGGGCUGAUCUUUAACAACGACGCCAAGGUGUGCGACGGCGCGUACAACACCACUUGCAACGGCAUGACGAUUGGCGGACCGGACAUGGAGGACAAGGUGGGAGGCACACAGCCGUUCGCGUCCGACCGCACGCCCUCGCGCCUCAACCGCUACUCGCGCUACUCCUCCCUCUCCACCGCGCUCCCCACCUUCGUCGACUGGCGAGCCUCCGGCGUCCUCUCUCCCAUCCGCGACCAGGGCGUGUGCGGGGUUUGCUGGGCCUUCGCCACCACAGCAGCCGUAGAAGCGGCGGUUUCGAUUUCCAUGGCGAAUUCGCGGCUGUUUGCCGGGAGGUAUCGUGGUGGGAAGGCGCGGUUGUCUGUUCAGCAGGUGGCGGAUUGCACGCAGACCUCGGCUGCUGCUGCGGCGUCGAUCGGCGGGUUUAGCUACAACAACGCUGCUGCUGCCGCUGCCGCUGCCGCUGCCGCUGCUGCUGGUACUGGUACUGCAACCACCGCCGCAGACACCACCGCAGGCACAAGCACCACCACUGUUGGUGAUACCACUUCUUCUGGUGCUGCCACUGGUGCCGAUACUACCUCCACUGGUACAACCUCUGCAGUCAACGGUGCAGAUUCAUCACCACCACCGCCAGCAGAUCCAACGGCUGGUACAGGUUCUGAUCCAUUGGACAAUCUGCUCUCGAUCUGCCGGCCCGGGUGGCCAGGGGACGCUCUGGAGUAUGUGGCAGCGGUGGGGAGGCUGCAACUGGACAGGCAGUACCCGUUCCUGGGGGAGAACGGUACUGGCGUUUGCUCUGCUCCUGCUCCUGCUGCUCCUAACGGUGCCGCUCCUGGUGGUGCUGCUACUGGUGCUGCUACUGGUGUUGCUCCUGGUGGUGCUAGUGGUGCUCCCGGGGCCGCGCCUGGUGGUGCUGUUACUGCUGCUGGAGCAUGGGCAGCAUGGCAAUCGCCUGCGGUGGUGCGGUACGAGAUGGUGCCGGCGAGUGAGGACGUGCUGCUGUCAGCAGUGGCGGCGCAACCGGUGAUAGUCAACAUCCAGUCGCGCGUCCCCUCCUUCCUCUCCUAUGCUGGGGGCGUCUACGCCGAUCCUCUAUGCGACAACGGGUUGCUAGACCACUCCGUGCUCGUGGUGGGGUUUGGAACAGACCAGGCCACUGGCACGCCCUACUGGAUCAUUCGCAACAGCUGGGGGGACGCAUGGGGAGAGCAGGGAUAUAUGCGCAUGGCUCGAGUGGGCGGGAGGGGUACUUGUGGUAUCACCAGCAUGCCGGGUUUCUACCCUGUUACCACCAGCACAUCGCCGUGUGACAAUCCCAACCCGUGUGGGGCAGGCGAGUGUGUGGAGGAUGUAAGGAGGAAGAACAGAGGCGGGUAUCGAUGCGCAAGCUGCCCUGAUGGCUACGCGGUGGUAGAGAACACAGACAAGUCGCAGACAUGCGUGUCCGUUGACGCCUGUUUCUCGUCCACCUUCAACCCGUGCGGUGCGGGCGACUGCACCAACGUGGGAGACGGCACAUACACGUGCGACUGCACGGAGAACACAUGGCCUGUCAUCCGUCCCGAUGGCUCCCCCACCUGCACCAUGGGCCGGGCGUCUGCCUUCUGCCCGUCCCUCUUCACCACCUCUCCCACCGAUACCUGCGCAUCGGUCGCCUCUUUCGCCCGGAUGUCCGUGGACGAUCUUUUAGAAGUCAACCCCGGGCUUAUCUGCGACAAUCUCAAGGGCGGCCAGCAGCUCUGCAUCAGCAUGAAUUUACCCUGGGCCGCCCGGUGCCUGUAUGGAAAGUACACGGUUGUGCGCGGUGACACGUGUGCGGCGAUCAUCUGGAAGUAUUAUCGGCGGUCCACACAGCUCUACACCUCUAUGAAUGGUGGUCCGUGCGUCAACUCGAGGCUUUAUGUUGGGAUGGUGCUGUGCUUGCCCAGAUAA